AUCACCGCGGGUUUUUUCUCCCUUUGCACGCCACCACCGACCAGCACCACCUGCGCCAGCGCAAUCUGUGCCAUUGGCCAGGCCGUCUUUUAGCCUGACAAUCUACAUCUCGUUUCUUCCCGACACCUCGCCUCCGAUCGCCCGCCAUGUCGGCCCAAAUGCCCAUCACGAGAUGCGUCCAGCGCAGCACGAGGGCAGUCGCCCGACUCCGCACAGCGGCUCCCCGCACUGUCCGCCCCGUAUCGGUCCUUAGCAGAGUCUCUGGUGCUUCCAGAAUAUCAGCAGUACACCCUGCUGCCAGCACUCGCCUCUUUACAUCAUCACGGGUGCUUCGCAAUGACGAUGAUAGCUUCGACCCCAGCAGCAUUGAGCGCGAAUCUGACCAGGUUGACGUAUGCAUUGUUGGUGCCGGCCCUGCUGGUCUUAGUGCUGCCAUCCGCCUGAAGCAAUUGGCCAAUGAGGCAGGCAAUGAGGAUUUCCGUGUCCUCGUGCUGGAAAAGGCCGGCGAUAUCGGCGCACAUAUCUUGUCUGGAGCCGUUAUCCAGCCCAGCUCCAUCAAUGAGCUCAUCCCCGACUGGCUUGACGAGGACAACCCCAACCGCUUCGAGCACGCAACCCCAGCCGGCACUGACAAGAUGCGCUUCCUCACCAAGACCAUGGCCAUCCCCCUCCCUGCUCCCCCACAAAUGAGCAACCACGGCAACUACAUUGUCAGCUUGAACCAGUUUACAAAAUGGCUCGGCGAGCGUGCUGAAGAGCUCGGUGUCGAAGUGUACCCUGGAUUCGCCGCUUCUGAAAUCAUCUACGACACUGAUGGCUCUGUCAAGGGUGUCGCCACAAACGACCUUGGCAUUGGCCGCGACGGCAAGCCCAGAGAUGCAUUUGAGCGAGGCAUGGAGUUCCAUGCCCGCGUCACCAUGUUUGGUGAGGGCUGCCACGGAAGCUUGAGCAAACAGGUCAUCAAGAAGUUCGACCUGCGCUCCGACAGUCAACACCAGACAUACGGCCUCGGCAUCAAGGAGGUAUGGGAAAUCGACCCCGCCAAGUUUGAAAAGGGUCUUAUCGUGCACUCCAUGGGCUACCCUCUGCCUCGCAAUGUGUACGGUGGUUCCUUCAUGUACCACUUCGGCGAGAACAUGGUCAGUCUCGGCCUGGUCGUUUCUCUAGACUACGAGAACCCGUGGCUCUCACCGUACCAAGAAUUCCAGAAGCUCAAGCAGCACCCGCUAUUCCGCAACGUCCUCGAGGGCGGCAAGUGUAUCUCGUACGGUGCCCGCUCACUGAUUGAAGGUGGCUUCCAGUCAAUCCCCAAGGUUGCUUUCCCUGGUGGUGCGCUGAUUGGCGACUCUGCCGGCUUCGUCAACGUGCCCAAGGUCAAGGGCACGCACAACGCCAUGAAGUCGGGCAUGCUCGCUGCCGAGGCUGCCUGGAAGGGUCUGAGCCAAGAAGGCGAAGGCACCGUCUUCCUCUACGACUACGAGGACAAGCUGCGCAAGUCGAGCAUCUGGAAGGAACUCAAGGAGGUGCGCAAUAUGCGCCCGUCUUUCCAUACACCGCUCGGCCUCUACGGCGGCGUUGCCUACUCCGGCCUCGAAGCCUUCUUGCUCAAGGGCCGUGUGCCGUGGACCCUGAAACACAAGACCCCCGAUCACGCAUCUACGAAAUCCGCCGAUCAGUACCCCAAGAUCGAGUACCCGAAGCCCGACGGCGAAAUCUCCUUUGAUAUCCUCACCAGCGUUUCAAGAACAGGCACGAACCACGAGGAGGACCAGCCCGUCCACUUGCAGGUCAAGGACUGGGAUGCCCACACCGAGACCACGUACCCCAAGUACCAGGGCCUGGAGAGCCGUUUCUGCCCCGCCGGUGUCUACGAGUACGUCGAGGACGAGUCCAAGCCUCACGGCGUCCGCUUCCAGAUCAACGCUCAGAACUGCAUCCACUGCAAGACUUGCGAUAUCAAGGCGCCUCAUCAAGAUAUCAACUGGCAGGUCCCUCAGGGCGGCGAGGGUCCCAAGUACUACAUGACAUAAGACCCAUGUCCUUGCCUAUACAACUUCCCUGAGCAUGUUACUGUACAUAUAUACAAAUGGAGCCCCUUCGCAGGGGAAAGCAAUCUUCGUUGCAUUCACACGAUACUCUUUUUCCUAUAUCUCACGUAUGCCGUCUCAUCAAUAAACAUACCACUUUUAAAAGUUUUGUCUGAAAUGCAUCAUCAUGAGGCGUAGUAGAUCUAGCCGUCUUCGUACCUUGUGCGCGCUGCAGCAAGCACAGCCCAUCCGCAGCUCCCACCAAGCUGACAGACAAAAUACAAAGUGUCCUCUGCACAGACGAGGCAUGUAGGUUAAGUGAGAGAAACAUGCUCGCCUUUGAUUUCUCGCUUGUAACCCAUUCCUCACCAGCCACACAGCGUUCCGUUCCGCCCAUAUGGCCGCGCACACCCCCUAUCGCUUUGGGGUAAGAAUGUGUCUUAGCCCCAGUGGUUGCCGACCAUCAAGCGCAAGGUCCUAGACCAAAACCAUAACAUAACAAGUUGCUUGAUUGGGAAAUAACGUCCCAAAACAAAAGUAAACACUCGCUUGUGCACAACCCGCCGAGCUGGGGCUUGUUUCUAACUUAGUCUUCGGUAAAGCCCUCGCCGUAGCGAGAACCCUGGAUCUUGAAGCUUAGCGUCGCGUGGAUCGAUGCGCGAUGGCGCCACCCUUGAUCGGUGCAGCAGACGCUAAACUGGCGCUGAGGUGCCGUUAGGAUAAGCUGGCAUCAAGAUCGCCUGACGUCGGUUGUCGCCCAUCAGCAGAUUGCUUUUCCAUCUGACAUUAGACGUGAGAUGAGGUGCAUAGUUGAGCCUUUUGUGUUUACUUUCUCACUAUAGUUG